AUGUCUUUGCGUCGCUCUCUACGGUCUCGCGCUGGGCGGGAUGAUCAACCGAGCAUGGAUGCUAACACAAGCGCCAGGCCCACGAGAGUCACCCGGGCUGCCGCUUUAGUCCCAGCCGUGACGGUCCACCGAGCCCCGUCGGGAUUGAACGGAGAUUCCAAGAGGUCGAUCCAUCUGACUGUCAAGAUGCCAUCGAAUAAACUCCGCGAGGUUACCGGUGGUAGCACUCGGAGCGGUGCGUCAACUAGACGCUCGGUCAACGUCUUUACGGAAAACCCCAUCAUAACGGGACCCCGCACUAGUAGACCUCGGAAGAAGCUCGUCGAGGUGGAUACGAGCGAUGAAGAUGACCUGGAAGACCAAGAGGAAGAUGAGGUCGAUGACGAAGACGCCCCCGGAGAAGAUGACGACGAUGUAGACGCCGAUGGCGAUUUGGACAUGGAUGAUGCACCGCCCCAGCCGCCAAUGCCCAGAAGGCAUGCGAAAGCCGCGGCAGCGGCAGCGCCCCCAGCAAAGUCAGCAAAGAGCGUAGAGGCGAAGGAAAUGGAGUUGGAGAAUGAGGAGGAGGAAGACGACGACGACGAUGACGACGAGGAGCUCUCGGAGCUGGAGUCGGAUGCUGAAGGCGAGCCAGACGACCAGGACGAAAGUAUGCUGGCCAAUAUCAACGGCGCAGAGGAUCUGGAAGAGGAGGAAGACGAGUUGGAUAGUGAUGAUGAUGAACCGGGCACCGAUUUAACCCGGAUGACCAAACGGCAAAGAGGAAACCUGGGCAACGACUUUUUGCAACUUCCCAUGGAACCGCAGAUCAAGAAGCACCUGACCGCGGAGGAGCGUGCUAUGCGUCGUGCGGAGAUGGCCCGUCGAAGGAAGAACCUGAGUGAAAAGCGAAACGAGGAGGAGAAGAUGGAUACCAUCAACAGGCUUCUACGGAAGCAGGCCCCCAAGAGACGAGGCCGCAUUCCAGCUGGCGAGGCCGGCGAAGGGGGCUCUGGCGAGCAGGAAGGCCAGGAAGUCGAAAAAGCGGACCCGGUGAUGGCGAGAUGGGUGAGUGGCCGCGAGGGCAGCAGGGUAGGCGUGCCAGAGGAGUGGCUGGGCAUGCCCGCGGGCCGUGCCUUUGGUGCUUUGGGAGGCAAUGGCUCUGGCAAGCUCGUGCAAGAGGUUUAG